CUCCUCCCCGGGAGCUCUCCCCUGCUCUGCCCUGCAGUCCUGCCCGGGCCGGUCAUGGCGCUGCUCCUGGAGCACGAGUUCAAGGCGCUGCCAGCUGACAAGCAGAUCGAGACCGAGCCCUUCCUGGAGGCCGUGGCACACCUGCCACCCUUCUUCGACUGCCUUGGGUCACCGAUUGUGUAUUCACCAGUCAAAGCAGAUCUCUCUGGAAACAUCAAGAAAAUCCGAGCGGUGUACGAAUCCAAUCCUGCCAAGUUCAAAACGCUGCAGAACAUUCUGGAAGUAGAGAAGGAAAUGCAUGGAUCGGCGUGGCCAAAGACUGGCGCGACGCUGGCGCUCUUGUGGCUGAAAAGGGGCCUGAAGUUCAUACAGGUUCUGCUGCAGAGCAUUUCUGAUGGCGAGAGAGAUGAGGCGAAUCCGAACCACAUCCGAGUCAAUGCGAUGAAGGCUUAUGAAAUCGCACUGAAGAAGUAUCAUGGCUGGAUGCUCCAGAAGCUCUUCACGGGCUCAGUCUAUGCUCUUCCAUACAAGUCGGACUUGCUGAAGGCUCUAGAGAAGGGCAAAGAAGUGAAUGAGGAAGAGAGUUUAGAGAAGAUCCAUCAGUUCCUAGCAAAAGCCACCCCUAUUCUGGAUGCAAUUUAUGACAUGUAUAUAAAAAUGAAUGCAGAACUGAACUACAAAGCUUAACCUUUGCACUGGACUCCUGCAGCCAAGGACAACAAAUGCUCCCAAAAUUUUAAUCCGUGGGAGCACUAGGCCUGUUUCCAUUCAUCAAGUGACUUUAAUUCUUGGCAUGGAUAUGCAGGAAAUAGCCUGGGGGAUUUUCUUUAAAAAAAAAAGAAUAGUUUUCUGUAGAAACAUAGCAAUAAAACACAAUGAUCGUUUCCCAGAUCUUGGAACUUGACACACUUUUGUACCAACUGGAGAAUGGUAAAACUAUUUCUAGUCUUUAUCUAAUUGUUUGCUUCAAAAUAUGUCUGGGGAAAUGAGAUACCAUUGGCAGUGUUUAGCUGACGCUAUUUUUCUGGCUUUACCUCAGUUUUCGGUAAGAAUGUGUCCUUCCACUAAUGCUGUAUUGUGAGAUGCAGUGAUGCACUUGGGCUACAAUGGCAGCAGAUGCCAUGCGCUAAGAGUAGUGGUGUGAACGCCGUUCUUGUAGCAUAGCUUGCCUGGACUCCUGGCCACGGUAAGAAGCUUUCACAAGAAUGCCAGAAAGAUGUUUGCAACAAAACCAGCCUUCAGUGACUUUCCCAAGUGACAUUUUAAUCUUUUAGUAAUUGCAGGGGGUUUUAUGUUUUUUAUCUUCCUGUGGGAAGAGUUUCUUCUGGAUAACUAACUUGAAACUAUCUGUAAUUUUGUAAAUCUUUUAAUUCUUGCUCCUGAGACCAAAAAAAAAAGGCCUUAAUCGUAAUUUAUGGCAGAGUUGGCCUUUAUUUUAAGGUAAUGGGAGUGGGGAAGUAGACUGAAAUAAAUGUUGGAAACUAAACCU